UUAACAGAAAUUUAAAACAUCCAAAUAACAUUGUUACUUUGAAUGAUUCUUAUCUAACAGACAUGUUUUCUGUUAAAUUAACAGCUCAACCUAAUGUUAACUUUACAGUAAAUGAAGAAAAUUCCGUUAAUACUCUUAAUUUAACAGAAAAUAUUAAACAACAUAAUAACAGUGGCUUUUUAACUGAUUCUUAUUUAAUGGAUAACACUUCUGUUAACACAACUGUUAAACCAAAUGUUAACUUGACAGUUAAUGCAGAAAAUUCUGCAAAUACUUUUAAUCUAACAGAAAAUGUUAAAGAAAUUAAUAACAGUCACAUUUUAACUGAUUAUAAUUUAACAGACACAAUUUAUGUUACAGUGACUGAUAAAUUAGAUGUUAUUUUAACAGUAAAUACUGAUAAUGCUGUUAAACUAAAUGUUAACUUAACAGUUAAUGUCGAAAAUCCUGCUAAUACUUUGAAUUCAACAAAAAAUCCCCACAACAUAAAUAACAGUGAUAUUUUGACUGAUUCCCAUUUAAAAGAUAACUUUUAUAAUAACAUAACUGUUCAACCAAAUGUUAACUUAACAGUUAAAGCAGAAAAUCUCGCUAAUUCUUUCAAUUCAACACAAAAUCCCCUAAAUAUUAAUAAAAGUGAAAUUUUGACAGAUUCUUUAUUAACAGAUAACUUUUCUGUUAACACAGUUGUUAAACCAAAUGUUAAUUUAACAGUUAAUGCAGAAAAUCCUGUUAAUACUUUUAAUUCAACUGAACAUUUCAUUGCAAUUAAUAUUAGUGAUAUUUCAAUUGAUUUUUAUGCAACAGAAAACUUUCCUGUUGUGCUAACAGUUAAACCAAAUGUUAACUUAACAGUGAACACAGAAAAUCCUGCUAACACUUUGAAUUCAACUGCAGUUAACAGCAUGAUAACAGAAUCAGCUAAAAACAUUUCUUACUUCUUCAGCUUAACAGAAAAUUUUACUGAAGUUAUUGGGAACACUGUUAACUUAACAGAGAAAGUGAAAGAACAUAACGACAGUACUGUUAAUCCUUUUGAAUAUCCGGUUACAAAGGAGAUAUCAAGAUAUUUAUCUGAAAAAUCAACAACAAAAAUUUCUACAGAAUUAACUACUGAAAAUAAUGACUCAGCUAAUUUAACAGUUAUAACUGCUAACACAACAGAGGCAAAUUAUCCGUCAGAUUCAUCAACAGUCUUCCUUACAACUUCAACAACCAAAAAUCCAAUACAUUUUUCAGAUUUAACAGAAAAUUCGACAGAACCGCUUAACAUUAGUAUUAUAAGAGAGUUUACCGUUAAUUUAACAGAAGAGAUAACAGUACCUACAAAAUUUCCUUACAGUUUAACAGAAAUUUCUUUACGCAAUGUUACAAAUGAAAAUUUAACUACCGAAAGUUCGAACAGUCGUUUUUAUCUCACAGAAGCCUUCACAGAAUUCGAAAUUGAAAAUAAUACUUUAACAGACCUAACUGUUAAUAUAACAGAGCGAAUUGAAACUGUACCCUCAACUAUAGAGGUUAUGUUAAAAGAAUCGUCAAAAAAUGUUCUUAAUACAUUUAAUUUAAGCGAUAGUUCUACAGAAUACCUUAACAUUAAUACGGAAACAGACAUUACUGUUAACUUAACAGCAGAAGAGAGUGAAACUACUACUAAUUCCUUUAAUUCAACAGAAAAUUAUGAAAAUACUUUAAAUUCAUUUACGAUGGGAACUAAUCCACUUAUGACAGUUAUAACAGCAACUAUUAAGGAAAAUCUGAAACAUUCUGUUAAUGUUGAAAAUGUUACAGAAUCCAUGAUGACAGAGGUGACAGUAAUAGAAAAUUUACAUAACAUUUUGAGCCAAUUUUCCGAGGCCACCACUGAAGAGAUGAAAACAGAUUUCAUAGAAAAUAAUUCAACAGAAAGUUCUCCGAAAAAUGUUAAUAACAUAAAGUUAACAUCAAAUUUAACAGAAUCUUCAGAUAUCAGCAAAGGUUUGGAAACCCAAAACAACCAAGAGUUAUCAUCUUCAACAUUACAAAUUGUAACUUUGACUUCACCCACUACUUCUUAUGACUAUCAAUUAGUUGAUGUUACCACAGUAGAUCCUCGUUUGCCGUUUCGAUCGAUCGAGUGUGUGGGACCCAAUAAUCGACGACAAUUUAAGGCCAGCGAAUGUUAUCAAUACUAUCAAUGUUUUGGCGGUUGGGCUUUUCUGCUCAAUUGUCAUGAGGGUUGGCGUUUUGAGGCAACAAUGGGACAAUGUGUUGUGGAUACGAAUAAAGAAUGUGAAUUGUAAAUAAUAUUUGAAAUAAAA